AUGUCCCCCCAGAGGCAGAUUUUGGAAGACAUUUCCUCCUGCAGAGGGACGUGCCCGAUUCAAUAUACUUGGCCAGAGGGGCGAAACGUGCUGCAAGUUCCCCACCUCGCCGCAGUGGAGUCCACCCACGCAGGCCGGCUCGAGGGUUGCAGGAAUUGCCCCGCCCGCUGGAGCUGCGGUGAGGUGGCUGAAGGGCCUCGGGCCUCGAGCGGCUUGCGCAGGCCACUGGGAGGGAGGGCGCGGGAUCAGGAGCAGGAGCAAGACCUGCGCUGCCGUGCGCGGCCCCGCGGGUGCUGCCCCGCGCCACCGUGA